CACAAAGUUCCCUUACACCGAUUACAUAUUUAUAAAAAAAAGUUUUCUUGUUUCUGUUUCGUUUGGAAUUAAUCAAAAUAAAUGGAAAUAUUUACGGAGAGCAGAACUGGAGGGUUUUUGUAACAAGAUAUGUUAUUCUCGAAUAGUUUAUUAGCUAUCACUUAAAAUGGGGAAGGAAUAAACUGCGGAAUAAUUAACCAAAUCUAUUCCGUCCUCUCAGCUUUAAACUAUGACUUCUUGUCUCACCUUUUCUAUCCCAAAACUGAUGUAUUUCACACCUGUAUUACUAGGUGCCAUAAGGAACAGACCUCUCCCCGCUUUCACAAGCAAUUCUCUAUGUAAGAGAGGAACUGUGUCUAUGAAUGGCGACUGUAGUAAAUGGUGGGAACGGCUUUUAUCGGCCAGUGACCCUGACACUGAAAAACUUUUACAGGACAACGUGGAAAUACACGAAGAUUUCUUGUCAUUGGAAGAACACGAGAGUCUUUUGGCUGAAAUAGAACCCUACCUGAAAAGACUGCGUUACGAAUACGACCACUGGGAUGACGCUAUUCAUGGUUACCGAGAAACUGAACGGAAACAAUGGAAUGACUCCAACACAAAAAUACUCGACAGAGUAAAGAGUGUGGCCUUUCAACCUCCAGAAGCUCCACUGCCCUUCGUACAUGUCCUGGACAUUAACAAAGAUGGUUACAUUAAGCCCCAUGUGGAUUCUGUUAGAUUUUGUGGCCGAACAAUAGCUGGUCUCAGUCUCCUCUCUGAAAGUGUAAUGAGGCUGGUUUGUGAGAAAGAUAAAAGCAAAUCUGGUGAUAUUCUUCUCUUACCAAGAUCUCUUUAUAUAUUAAGGGAUCAAGCUCGUUUUGACUACACGCAUGAAGUCUUACCAGACAAAACAUCAAUGUUCAAAGGAAAAUCAAUUCCUCGAUCUCGAAGAAUUUCGGUCAUCAGUCGACUGGAAGUGAAACAAUAACAAAACACCCCCACCCCCAAAAAGCUCCCUUCCUUAGAAGGAGAACUCUAAAAACACCAUUUUUACUACCCUGGCCCUUGUGUUCUCUACAACAAACCCUGUGAUCUUAAGGAUGUUGGACUUAAUGCUUUCCAAUAUUUACCAUCAAAUCUCAUUUCGGGGCUACAAGCCACCAAUCUCCAUGGGCUUUCCUUCUAUCAAAGAGGAAAAUAAUACUUUUAGUACACUGAAGUUGACACCAUCAACUCCUCUUCCUUAUAAAAAUCUUGGCUUUUAGUAAA